GUCUGCAUUUCCUCCUCUGGCCAACUUGGCGAAAGUGUCACCAGGACGACACUGACAGACUUCAGCAAAGUUUCUGCCCCGCUGUUGUCCCGGCCCUCACAUGGCCCCCAGCACGCAACUAAAGGAGGCUAUAGCUGACGUUCAGGAUGGUAUCCGUGCCAUCCUGCUCGGACCUCCCGGCGCCGGAAAAGGCACUCAGGUGAGGGAGAGAUUCCCCCGGUGAGCUAACGGAGCUAGCUGUUAGCCGUUAGCUUUUAGCUCUGUGUUAGGGCGCGUGGUCGCUACAGGUGCUAACUCUAGCUCAUUUAUGUGAACAGCAGGUUAUUUUUAGGAGUAUAUGUUUGAAAACACAUGUCAGAUUUCUUAUUGAUUCAUUUAAAACUCAUUGAUUCAAUGUUUUAAUGAAUACAGCUCAAAAACACCGGGACGCUGAAUUUUUUUGUAGGGUUCUAGACUCCGAUUGGUUAUUCCUUAUGGCUGUGAAACGUCAUCGUCCGUCGGGUUAGGGUUAGUGAUGGGCAUAGCAGUUUUUUUUAGAUGUACUGAACCACUAGAUUCGGUUCACUAGAAAGAUUUGUUCAAAAGAUUCGUUCACCAAAUCACCAAAGCAGCGAUCAGUCGUGUCAUCUAUGUUUACAUCAUCUAAUGUUUACAUCUUAAGGCAUCUUUAUUCUCUCUGAGGGGGCGAUUUGUUUAUUUUGUCUUUCAUACCUGCAGAAACACUCAGGGCUGUAAACUAGUUCACUGUAUUAUUUAGUAAUUAUCUACAUUUGUUGUAAUGCUGAGUUGAAAUGGUUUUUAUAUUUUUCUAAGUGUAUCUUAUUCAGUUUGCGUAGUUUAUAUGUUAAUAAAAUGUUGAACUAAUCUCUAGUUUCUUUAGUUUUUAGUACAGAUGUUUUAAAACAGGCAGUCGUGACAAUGAUUGAGAUCGGACGGUAUGACAAAAUAUAUCGUGAUCAUUUUGGCCAAAUCGCCCAGGCCUACGUUCUGUAGGCCUGGGCGCCAACAGCUUGAGUGUGUGAUGAGUUUCACAGCCAAUCAGAGGCAAAGGAGGCGGGACCUUCCCCUACAGCUGCAGUACGGAGCAUGGAGGGCUCCUGACUACUGCUGUAGUUUUGGGAGGUCAAGUGACUUAAAGAGCGCAGAUAUUUCCCAUAAAAACACUUUUACACGAUAAGGAAGACGUUUACAUCUAAUAAAGCUGUUAUAGAUCCUGACAGAACUUGCUUUUGACUUGUACACGGGAAUAAAACGAGUAUCAUCGAGUCAAUGUGCAGCUGACAGGAAGGGGCUUGUUAGGACUGCACAGCUAUGAAGCUUAUUUGUGAAUGACUACAAUAGAUUUAUAAUCUCUGCUGAAAAUUCUCGGGUCUCAGAGCCAAACUAAACAAUCUGCCACCACGCUGACUGGGCACAUUACAAUGAAAGUGAACUGACUGUCUGCAGAUUAUCACAAUGUACCAUUUUAAUCAUUUCUGAACAGCUUUAAAGACAAAUCAUCUCCUCUUCACCCUACAGGCCCCCCGGCUUGCAGAGAAGUACUGUGUUUGUCACCUGGCCACCGGAGACAUGCUGAGGGCCAUGGUGGCUUCAGGCUCAGAGCUCGGCAAGAGGCUAAAGGAGACCAUGGACGCAGGCAAACUGGUAACUGUCUGCUCCUCUCUGUCCUCUCAUACUCUCCGGGGUGUUUCCUCUGUCUGACUUUCUUAGGCUCCCUGUUGAACUUAAAGCCCUUUAUGUUCAGUCCCACAUGACGACAUGUGUCUCAUGUUUCAGUCGAGUUCAGCUUAAUAGGUGAAAGGCAGCGACCAAUCUUUAUUCUCCCUUUGCCUCAUACUGGGGAUGUCUAAUCUUGUUUUUUUGAUCCAGUAUAUGCUGAUACUUAAAGCUCAUGUAGGCUGCUGUUGAUACAGAUAUAUACACACCAUUUUAUUGUAAAGAAUUAAAAGUUUCUCCUGUGACGGAACAUGUUUGUUGCUCUUAUUGUGACGGUGUAUUUACUUUAGAACCAGACAAACAGGACUAGUAUGUAUGGCUGUACUUAUGCAACAGCUGUUUGUUUCCAACACUCUAAAACAGCCGACAUAUGUAAGCUGUCGUCAUGUGAACAUAAUUAAUGCAUCACCUUUUUGUCCAGUAAUUCUACCUGCACAAAUUUGAAUACCUGCUGAUACUGAUAGUUAACCUUUUAGACUGUUAUCUGCCGAUAUUAUAUCAAUAGUAUCGCACAUCCUUACUCCACAUGGAUACAAAGAACAUGCAGACACAGGGCUCGAUGACAGUGCGACCGUUUCACUCGCAUUUGCAACUAAAAAUAGACUUGUGCGAAUUGUAAAAUGUAUUUAGGGACACUUGCGUAUAAACAAAAUCAGGCGAGGCAAAAAAAUGUGUUUUCAUGUAAAUACCGUGGUGAAGUUAGUUCUAGGUUGGAUAUCUGAUAGACAUUCAUGGCAGAUUUUGAGCCUUUCCUUCAAUAGCGUCCAUGUCAUAUGACCAAAAGACCUAAAAUUGAUUUUAGAUAAAAGUACUUAUGUCGACUAAUAAGACAAACAUUAUUUGAUCAAUUUUCAUUGUGCCUCUAAAGUUCUUUGUAAAUGUGCUCCUUGUGAAAAGUUAGUGUCAGGCCCUGAGGCAGAAUAGCGUCUGUGCAGGAUAUAUGGGGUUAAAGUUUACAUAGAUAUAUCAGAGGAUUUUCUUUGUUUACCUGCAGGUCAGUGAUGAGAUGGUCGUAGAGCUCAUAGAGAAGAACCUCGACACGGCCCCCUGCAGGAACGGCUUCCUGUUGGACGGAUUUCCUCGCACAGUCAAACAAGCAGAGAUGGUGAGUGAGGCCUGUGUUUCAUGCUGCUUCUUUUCGCUGUUGGCAACAAAUACGACUGAUAUUAUUUCAUUAAAAACACAUAAACACAAAUCAAAAUCUCAAUUAGACCUUAAGAACGUGGAGCUCUUAAAACAGUGUACAGCGAUAUACGCCAGAGACAGACUAACUGAUGAACAAGCCUGAGCUGAGUCCCUGCGUCUUACGUUAUCCUCGCAGCUGUGUUAGUUCACAGCAAUCAGCUGAGCUGGAGCUCUUGUCUCUCCGAGUCUGACGUCCGAGUACCAGCGCUGAUGACUCGGCUGUCUUGACUCAGAAAUGAUGGACGGAUGAAGAGAAUCAGGCUGUGGACGCUACUCGCAGUCAAAGUGGUGACUGUUUUUGACAACCGCACAAAGUCACAGCUUCCCUAAACUGCAGUAAAUGUCAUGAUGAACACAGAAAUUAAAAUUCACAUCAGAGAUAUUCUGUCAGAAACUACAGUGCACUGAUACUGAACAUAAAUUUAACCUGAGUCAUAACAGAGUGAGAGUUUAAAAAUGUUUUAAUGGACGUUAGAUUUGUGACGUUUCUUAAAUUUUGCUCCUUUUCUUCUGAUCUCAGCUGGAUGACUUGUUGGACAAGAGACACGAGAGGCUGGACUCUGUGAUCGAGUUUGCCGUCGACGACUCUCUGCUGGUCCGCAGGAUCUGUGGCAGGUAGGAGAGAGAAUGAAUAAUUCAUGACCAGAGACGGUCUGUUGUUUUUCCCUGUGGUUUGUGGUUCCCCUCGACGGGGCUUUUUACUCUGGCGGAGAAUUUCCUCAUUCUGUCUACGUGUUGAAUCGCACAUACAGGUAGAAGGGGACAGCGAGAUCAUGUUGGAGGGAAAUGGAGUUUUAAAGUGUGCGAUUAACAGAGACGAUGGCCUGAACGGGGUCAGGAUUUAAAAAUAGACAAAGAAGAAUCAAAAAGAGUAAAAACAAAUCAAGCCACAGCUCAUUACUGACACUGAAUAUAGUGUAUUGAUCCCAAUAUAAGGUGUUUUUCUGAUCUAGAUACAUCUGGAUGAAGUAGCAUCAUCUCAUAUUUGGGGUUAAGUUGUUUUUUUUACAAUAUCAGCUCUAAAAACAGGACAGUACACUGUAGCAGCAAACUUUAAAAUCCACUCGCAAUGUGAGACCGGCAGCUUUUUCUGAACUGAAAUUACAGGUUAAAAAUGGCCUCAAAGUUUUAAAAUGAAUACAUUUGAAAUGAAAAAUGAUGUGAUUUACAACCGUUUGACUGUUAUAACAAAAGCAGAAAUGAUUUAAAGUUCCUCUUCAUUUACAAACCUCAACAGUAAAACGGUCAGUAAUGAGUCUGUCAGUGAUCAAACCAGAUUAUCAUCUAUAUGUUGGUAUAUUUAGGUGUAUGCCGCUGUUGCUUUUUGCACUGUGACGUCUCUUACAACGUCAGGAGCGCAGAGGACACUAAUGAAGAAGUCCCGCUGAUUGUGGCUCAAAAAUAGACCAAUCAGAGAGGAGAGGAGGCGAGAGUGGAGCUAGAAGGAUCUCGUUGUUGCUAACUGGGGUGGAGGGUGGAGGGUGGAGGUGGGGAUGAAUACCAGAUCUGAACAGUGUGUUCUGGCUGACGCUUUUAGGACCGGACGGUUCAAACCGCAGCUGUUCACAGCGGGUGGCACAUCUCCAAAUACGUCUGUAGAAAUCACUGGUGAUGGAAUCUAAAGCUUCAUAAACAAACACACACAGAGCCGGUUUCCACUCGUUAGCCUCUAACAAUCAUGAAACGUAUGAGUGGAGCAGACAGAGUGGGAGCUGUGGGUCAGAUUGUGUUGUUUAUGCAGUCAGGGACAAAUAAAGAAAGAUGGAUCGGCUUUAGAUCAGCGCUCACCUCUGCAAGUGUUCUUCUCUUCACCUCAGUCUUAUUAUGAGGGUCUCCUUUUCAGAAAGAGACAUUCUGACUUUCUUAUGGUCCUGAUUUGAGUUGUUUUCCCCCUCAAAGCUUGUUAGUGACUUCAGAAUAAAGACAUUUUAUAGCCGACUGGCAGAUUUUGGUCAAAAUAACAGCAACAGAUACCCUGAAUUUCCCUGCAGGGCGCCGAUGGGUUGCUGCUCUCAGCGCCCCACGUAUGGAGGCUUGUUUAAAUUCGCGGUUAUGACCCUUUGCUGCACGUCUUCCUCCACUCGCUCCAAAAAUCUGAAACAUAAACUUUAAAAACUGAUUUUCCGUGUCGAAAGAAUCAGAGUUGCUCAGAAAAACAAACCAGGGGUGUGAGAUUUGGUAGGAACAGGCCUGUGCAAGUAGACCAGAGAAUGGUAUGUACAGAGGCGUUAAAAACAACAUAUGUUCAACGUGUUUUUGCACAUCCUUACUCUCAGGUUUAUAUCCUACUUUAACCUGCUCUGGUCGGACAGAUUCACCACAGAACAGGAAGAGGACACAGUUUCUUAAUCAUGUCUGUUUAACCAAAAUGAAACCCAAACCAGGAGGACCAACAACCUGCAGGUGUCUUCUUCUUCUCCUUCUUCUUUCAGCCUCCAGCGCCGGUUAUUCCCCCUGCUCUACUUUCUGCUCUGACCUGGCGCCAGUUCACUUAUGUAAGCUCCACAGGUCGAGGCCAAAACGAGAACUACAGAGAAAGUUUCAGACCUUUUAACAGCGUAAUUGUCUGUGUGUCUGGUUGUAUUCUGGUACAUUUCCAUCUCCCGAGCUCCUCUGCCCCCACUGUGCGGCAAAUCAUUAUUUACAUAACUGUUUUGAAACCGUUUAAUGCAACACGCUGUGCUCCAAUUUGAAGCUGACCUACUCAUUAAACCGGCGGAGCUGAACCAGUCGAACAUUAUGCUGCUCUUUAAAAAACGUGUUUGGGUGUUUGUUGUCGCUGCACAGCGCUUGUCCUCUUUCUCCACAGCUGCAGCUCGACAUUAUUCUCACAUGAAACCGAAUAAAAACACAUUUAGUUUGAAAAGAGUCGUCUCUCUGUCCACGGGGGUCCUUUUGUGAGGAGGAGGAGGCCGGCUGCUGCCUUUUCAGACCCAAGUAGGACAAGGGCAGCGAGUGGGAUGUGAGAAAGGACGGUUAAGUAGUUAGUGAGUCACCACGGCUGUCUAACCCUCAUCUGUCCUCCUCCUCUUCGGCUCUCACUCUUGAUUUCUUUUCCGUCCUCGUAUCGCCGCCGCCCCCCCUUCACCGUCUCCCCUCUGUUUCCCCAGACUAAUUCAUCAGCCGAGCGGCCGCUCCUACCACGAGGAGUUCAACCCCCCUAAAGAGCCCAUGAAGGAUGACGUAAGUAGUUUCACUAUCAACCCACUUAGGACCCACUUCUGGCUUAACGGCCUCCUACCUAAAAUCAUUUCCAGCCUGGAAAUGUGUGACAAUCCGCCAAUUUCAGACAAAGUGCUCUGACGUAUUUAGAAAGGAUGAAACGCCUCAGACAUUAAGUCAUAAUUAAGUACGCGGAGCGGGUUCUCGUUCAUAGACGUCAUUCUCUCUUCACAUUAAAGAUCCAGAGAUGAAGACGAGAUUUUAUAAAUAUCAGAAAUAGAUUCAGAAGUUGUCUGAGAGAUAUUUUCCCUCAGAGUUGGAUAAAGACAAAGACAGAUAAAGGCGUUUCAGAGAUAAUCCAUGCAGUUAAAGGUCAUAUAUUUUACAUUAAGAGGGUAAGGUUCCUGUGCAGAUGAUCAUCAGCUGGAUUUAUAGCUGGGUGCGUCUGUAGUUAAUGACUGUGUGCUUUGGUGCGGAGCUGCUCCAAUCACAGGCCGCUCGUUUAUCAGCGUGUGUGUGUGUGUGUGUGUGUGUGUGCGUUUGCUGCCGUCAGACGGCUGCAGAGUUUAAUGAAGUGAAGCGGGAGGCUUUUAACGCGGCAUCAAAACAGAACCGAGAACAAACACUGAAACCUCAGAUCAGCCACAGAUACAGUAUCGAACGCCAAUCCCUCCAUCGCCGUGUCGGUUCAUUCAUCAGCUGUGCGUCAUUCACCGAGCUUGUUGUUGUCGGUGUUUGUUCAUAAAUGACUGAAUUGCUCACCUUACUUUUCCCAUCAGCUUUGUUUUAAAAUCCUCCGAAGAGAAUAAGACUGAUGUGUCACCGAGCUUUGUUUCUCCUUCUCGUUUGUUUACCUCAAACAGCUGAGCUUUGUUUCUCCUUCUCGUUUGUUUACCUCAAACAGCUGACAGGCGAGCCGCUCAUCCGCCGCAGCGACGACAAUGAAACAACCCUUCGUUCCCGCCUGGACGCCUACCACCGUCAGACUGUCCCUCUGGUGGAGUACUACAGAGCUCAGGGUCUGCACACGGCCAUCGACGCCGCCAAGAGCCCGAACAUCGUCUUCGCCUCCAUCAUAGCUGCCUUCACCGCCGCCACGGAAAUCCCCGCACGAGCCACCGCCUGUAAAGACCAAGUGUUCUUCGUUUAAAAAGCCCUCUUUCAUUCUUUCCCUCCAUCGGGUUCUUCCCUUCUGUCAUGGGUGGAGAUUAUACAAGAGUUGAUUAAGUGUCACAGCGGCAACAAAAUGUAACUCAGCGCAGUGUAAACGUGGAAGACGGCGCUUCAGAGAGGAAGAAAACUCACAAAGUUUCACUUCUGUGAUCCCUGUUGUAGAAACAGGAGGAGUUUAAAGUCCGGCAGAGAGCGAGUCGAUGUAGAAGUGAUCGAUAACCAAAAAAACAUACUGGAGCUCGGCGUACCGUGCUGCUUCUGCCCUGUGUGUGAAUAGAAAUGACAUUUACAGCUCUGACAUUUGCUGCGCACGUUUUAUAGAGAUCCAAAAAUGUAAAAAAUAUCGACAUCUGUGGCAGAUUGUUUGCCUUAGCUGGACAGGUUUGCUCUUGUUUAAUCAAUGACUUUGCCCUUUUCUCUCCCUCACCCUCUGAUUCUCCUUCACAUUCGCUGUUUCUCCUGUAUGUCACACAAAGUACUUCUCCUCUACCUUCAGUCCCACACAGACCGAAACAUUAUAGAAACACAAGAUCUUUAUUAUUUCGUUUCAAACUGAAGGAUGCAAAUCUGACGCUCUUUUAAGGAUGAGGGGUUGGAUCACUCGCCCCGUGUACAGAGGUUUUAGUCCUCUGGGUUCAGUUUACCUUCUCUAUCUACUCGCCUGCUAUCUUAAAUGAAUACACAAGAGUCUUAAAAUACCAAAAUGACAUAAAUAUGUGAGACAGUCUAGGGUUUACACGGAGGAAUAUUUCUUCUAUGAAGCCGGGGUGAAGAAAACGGUCGUUUGGAUAAAAAAUUCUGCACUCUCCUUCUUGCACUAUGACUAUAUAUCGUAUAUUUAAGUGCAGUUUUCAAUGCUAGUCUUCUAUCAAGUGUUCAUUUUGCCAAUUCCUGAAGCUUAAGAAAUCUUACCAGAAACCAAAUAUGCAUUAUAAGCAUGUUAUUGUGUAAGGGAUCAAAUACAGUGAAUGGGUAGUCAUGCAGAUUUGAUCCUAGCAGGGUGUCCACCGCGUCACCCUGAUGUUAUUCUAAUUUUCACCAAUCAAUAUUCUGAUUAUUAUCCAGCUGCUGAUAGAAGAGUUCUGAUUUAUUUACUGUCGAUACAGGGUUUGGACCAAUCAGAAUCAAGUAUCAGACACAGCUGGGUAACAAAUGUGAUUGUAGACUGUGUGAAUAUUUGGUGACAGUUUGUUUUAAAGGUUUUGAAAGAAUGAGUUUUGUCUCCAUAAGGGGGCGCCUGUGUAUCCUGAAUCAGAGGUGGAUAUAGUUACAGAAAUUCUGCUCCAGUCCUGACAGAAACAGGCUUUGUGUCGCAGCAGUUUGUCUCUAGAUUGAGUCCUUAACUGUGAAAUAUAAGUGGUUAUUCUGCUGCUCUUCAUGGCCAGUGAUUCACCUGAAAGUCCUCCUGAAGAGGCUCCUUUCAACUCUAUAACUGAGAUUAAAACCAUCAUGUUUGAAGUUUACUCAAACCAUGAAAGGGCUUGUUGCAAAAAGUGUUAAUAGAAAUGUAAAAUAGAAAUUUUUAUCACUUCCCUUCUUUCUAAAGUGAGGAGUGUUUAUUUUUAAAGGAAAUGUGUUCACUUUAUCGUCCAGAGUUCAGAGGCCAGUACAGACCGAUUUCCAAAGACAUGGUUUCAGUCUGUGACAGUGAAAGUUUCAGUCCUCAUCUCGCGGCUGCUCCGUCUCUUCGCUGCUCCUCAGACGUCACGGUCUUUGUGAAGUGAGCUGCAUCAAAGAGACGAGCCGAAGGAUGUCGGUGGCUUAAACCUUCAGAGAAACUCCCUCUCGGAAAUGUCUUUGUUUCUAAAUCUCCCAAAGGUGCCCUCCCUCUGACCCUUUUUUUUUUGUUCCAUCUUGACCUAAUUCUCCCAAAGAAAUACCCUUAAAUUUUUACUCACGGGCACGAAGGAUUGGGUGAAAAAAUCUCAAACAAUCCACUGAAGUGGCACUUGUUUUCUCAGACGUGUCGGUCACCCGCUGGGCCUCUGAACGAUCUGUGACAUCGAUCUCAUGAGGGAUCGUCCUUGGAUCCUUCAUUCCUCCUUGACCUGUUAUUUUCCUCCCAGCUCUGUAGUCACCUGGUGUUUGUGAUGAGUGGAAACAUCUUGCAUGCAGACUGUGUCACCUGCACUUUCCCCUGAAUACUGAUGUGUUUCUAUGCUCUUGGGGGUUGUUUGGAUGAAAAACAAUAGCAGAUGUUUAGCAGUCCCAGGCGGCAGAUUUCAGUCUCUCAUGCUGAAUUUCCUUGAAUCAUGUCACCUGUGUUCAGUGAAGUCUAGAUUCUUUUUAAAGCUGUGAAUGUACCGACCUAGAUAGGAAUCUUUUCCGUUUUUUUCUUGACGCCUAAAUGAACGUGCACUUUGAAUCUAAUGCCAGCCCUCAGCUAAUUGCACUUGAAGAUGGACAGGAUUUCUUUUUUUCGUCCAUCACUCUUGAAGAUUCCAGCGUUGAAAUUACCAAAAACCUUGCGGUCAUGGCUUGACUUUUUCUUCCCCUCUCUCCCUUUUCUUCCAGCUGGUUGAAUCCUGAGCCGUUCCAUUCCCACCAGAGAGAAGGCUGGGAAAAGAUCUUGAGUGGGUGGACAUACGGAGGGGAGGGGAAAACUGGCUUUAUAAGUUAAGGUUAAUAUUGCGGUGCUGUGGGACUUUCAUUUGUCAGCAGCACUUAUUGUCCCAUUACUCAUGUUUCCCAUCUAAUAAAUCCCAUUCUUUCCGACAACCAUCA